AUGGCACGGACGAGAAACAACCCCGCCGGCCGGCCACCAUUCCGACCAACUGCUCGUCGCUCAUCUCGACGGCCGACGACCGGCGACACUCCCGUUCCGACGAUGCAUCCGUCAACGCCUCUCUCACCGGACCCCAUUGCGUUCGCUCCACCGGCGCAGGAACCAUCCACCACCAUCACCGGUCCACCCACCACCGUCACCGUCGAUUACGACGAGUUUCACGCCGUCGUUACCCCGGUAUGUAUUGCUCCUACUCCUCCCCUAUUCUCCACCGUUUUUACCCCAUCCACCAUAAUACACACUAAUCCAACCCCCGGUGCCGGUUCGUCUUCUGUGCGACCGUCGGCCGCCGUGGCGCCUCCUCCAACCGCCCCAACACCACGACCCAUUUUCCUAGCCCUAACCAAUCCACCCUCUAUGACCCCUCUAUCUAAUCCCCUCCCACAACCGAUUAACCAACCGCCCACUCAACCGCCCCCUAUUGCCCUUCCCUCCACACCAUUCGACCCACCCACUGUCCACGAUUUCGACCUCAAUACCUUGGGGGAGGAGUUUAUUUUUUAUUUUGAAGCCACUACCUCCAUUAAUCCUGAGGAUUUGUUUCCCUUUUCUGUUCCUGAAGCCUUACCACCACAGCCCCCUGUGACUCAACCAGUGACUACACUUCCUAGUGAGGAACUCCCAGUCACUGCCCCCAGUGGGCAAACUGUGAGCACAGACACAUCCUCGGGAAGUAUUGCGAGUUCCAGUUCCGAGUCUGCCAUUCCUCAACCAGUAACCAAACCCGUUUCUGAGGAUAGCGAUUAUGAAGAUGAGAUGGUACAGGACUUGGCCAAUGAUGCUGAUAUGGCUUGGGAGGAGGAUGUGCAGGAAGUUCUUGAGGAGGAAGUCCCAGAAGAGGCAGUGCAAGAGGAUUUGGAAGUUGACAUUCCAGAUGAUGAAGAAAUUGUUGUUCCCAAGCGCAGGCCUUCGACAAAACGGAAGGCAGCAGCCAAAUCAGGAAAGCAGCCGGCAAAACAAAAGAAGAAGGAAAGGGUGGUACCAUUUCUGGACAGUGGUGAUAACGGUAGGGGCGGGAUAAUGGUGGCAUGGGGGGUUCGGAGUAGUGGUGUUGGUUAA